AUGACCGGAAAUCAAGAUUCUUUGAGCUCGGACAAUGUGGUGGAGCUUGCAGCUCAAGCUCUCCGUCCAGACGCCACCUCCCACUUCAGCCUCAAGACUCCUUACGAAGCUGUUGCUCUCAUCGGCCAUGCUUGCAUGGUAGCCGUCGGCUUUAGACUCGUCGGGCUAAGUGAAGAUGAUACUUUAGGCUCGCCCGAGGGUCUCACACUACCCGCGGAAUGGAACGCCACCACGACGUCGUCUUUUCGAUACGCACACUCCCAGUCCUCGAUGCAGUACCUACUGAAAGUCAGCCGCCUCGGAAAUAAUGCAGUUGUUUUCGCGCUAGCGCUCGGUGACGACAGGACAACCUCCUUCGAUGUCCCCGUCAAGGACUACGUUUCCGGAUCCGCCCUGCCUUUGGCCUCUUCUGCAGACUUGACAACCUCCCUCAAGGAAGCAUUCAUCUCGGGCCAUCGCCUGAAUGAUUUGAUUUCGUUGUUCAAGAUCAACGUGAUCCAGAAGCUCGCGCCCGGACUUCACAAAGAAGGCCAGGAGACCUCGACACAGCCCCCGCGUGAGACCCAGCCAGAAAGAGCUCCCAGGCACGAUCCGCUACGAGACGAACCCCAGCCGGCUCGCCCAUAUCCGUUUGAUGAUCCUCUCGCUGUACCUCCCCGCCGACCAGUCCCUCCUGGCGACUUUGCCCCUCCCGGCUUCGAAGACGAGUUUGAGAUCCAGCGACCCCCUCGAGGCUUCCCAGGAGGCGGCAGACACCCACUGAAUAUCGGAGAGCGAGAUUUAUAUCCUGCUGGGUUGGGACCAAAUGACCCUCUGCGCGGAGGUAUCGGUCCUGGUCUCGGUGGCGGGGGUGGUGGGAUGCACCCUACGUUUGAUGACCCUCUCUUUGGAGGCCCGAGAGGGGGUGGUUACGAUCCGCAGGCACCACCUGGCUCCAGAUAUGAUCCUGUAGGCCCCGGUCAAGGUCCGCCUUUCGGGCGAGGAGGGCGUGGUGGCCCUGGUGGGGGAGUGGGAGGGUUCGGGGGGUUCGGGGGAUUUGGCGGUGACAUCAUUUAG